AACGGUUUCAGGCAGUGGAGGCUGCGCGCGCUCGUGCAAAGGCCGGGAAAAAAUGGCGGCGCCCGUCUUGCGAGUGUCCACCCCUCGCUGGGAGCGGAUAGUCCGGCUGCUCGUGUGUCUCUCAGGAAUUUUGUUAUCCCUGUAUUCUUUCCAUGUGGAGAGGGAAAAAAACCGAGACGCCAACUACCGCGCCAUGUGCGACCUGAGCAGCUCCAUCAGCUGCUCCAAAGUCUUCACGUCCAGAUGGGGUCGAGGAUUUGGACUGUUGGGAUCCAUUUUUGGGAACGACAGUGCAGUAAACCAGCCAAACAGUGUCUAUGGAAUUUUCUUUUAUGUCUUUCAACUGUUACUAGGUUUGACGGCCAGUGCGAUGGCUGCUCUGAUUCUCAUGACCACAUCCAUCGCGUCAGUGAUGGGCUCGCUAUACCUGGGCUACAUCCUCUACUUCGUCCUGAAGGACUUCUGCGUCAUCUGCAUCACCACAUACGCACUGAACUUCAUCCUGUUUGUGCUCAACUACAAGCGACUGGUUUACUUGAACGAGGCCUGGAAGCAGCAGCUCCAAGACAAGCGGGACUAGACUCGCAACAACCCCAGCGGAAGUAUAGAAGGAUAACAAAUCAUCCAACACAUGGGAGGGAAAAAAAGAUAACGUGACCUCUGAAAAUAUUUUGUGACUUGCCACCAGGAGACCUUGCUUCCAAAACAAAUGUUCAUUCUGUUGUGUGUGUGUGUAUAUGUGUGUGUGAGUGUGUGUGUGUGUGU